AUGGAGAACGCUGGUAAGGAAGUCUAUCGACUCGCCUGUCCCGAGGCUGAGAAUACACCACAAAUGUUCAUUUCGUACGGGCUGCCCUUCACGGAGGCAUGUACCCGACACGCAGAAACAACGUUUCAAGCAAAGCGCGUGUACAUUAUUGCCUCGACGAGCCUGUCCCGGUCGACUUCGCUAGUAGCAGAUCUAGAGCAGGCCCUCGGAGACCGACAUGCGAAGACCUGGAUUGGCAUCCGCCCGCAUACCCCCUGGGAUGAUUUGGUGCCAAUCAUCAACGACAUUCGCGAAGUGGAGCCAGAUCUCCUCGUAACGCUUGGGGGUGGUUCCCUCACAGAUGGUGCUAAGAUCAUCGUCUAUGCCGUCGCGAAUGGCGUCAAGACCAUCGACGACUUAGAGCGUCUCUAUCGUCCUGGCGAGAACGAUGGCCAGCGUGUUCCAGACAAAACGGGCAUUGGGAACGAUCCCACCUUGGCAAUUGUCUUCAUCCCCACUACCCUCUCAGCAGGCGAGUUCUCGUGUUUUGGAGGAUCAACCAACCCCGUCACCCUGCAUAAAGGGAUCAUGGGGCACCGUAAGAUGUUUGCGCGACUGAUUGUUCUCGAUCCACGACUGACUCUCACGACGCCGCGGUGGGUAUGGAUCUCGACGGGUAUCCGGGCCAUUGAUCACUGUGUCGAGACGCUAUGUUCGAACGUCCCCGUGCCAGCACAAUUGCUACCGAUUGCUAUCCGCAGUCUCACUACCCUCAUCAGGAAUAUUGUGAUAACAGCCAAAGACCCUUCAUUGUUGCAGCCUCGGCUGGAUUGUGCUGUUGCAGCGGGGGAGAUCGCUGGCAACCUACUCCUUGCGCCGCAGGUUUCCGCAGGCGCAAGCCAUGGCAUCGGUCACCAGUUGGGGCCGCUUGGUGUCGGCCACGGCCAGACCAGUUGUAUUCUGCUACCGGCGGUACUCCGGUAUAAUAGACUGCAUUCUGCAACGAGCAGUGAUCAGGCAGAAAAGCAAGAGAAGCUCAAGCGUAUCAUCUGGGACAGCAGUACCGAAGUGCGAGAUAUCCUGGAGAGCGCAGGCGGAUUGCAUUACGAGUCGGCGGAUGCGGGCACCACCCUUCGGGCCCUAUUUAAUGCUCUGGAUAUGCCAAAUUCUCUCAAGGCAGUUGGUGUGGAUCGGAGCCAUUUCGACGCUCUUGCUACGAAUAGUUUGAAUGAUAUCUGCACUCUUGCCAAUCCCGUUCCACUGAACAAGGAAGGGGUCAUGGAUAUCCUGGAGACUCUGGCCGAGUAA